AAAGAAACGCUCUCCGUGUCGUGUGCGUGGUGUGCCCAUAGCCGUGGUGGGAAUCUUGUCGCAGUAUCAAUAAUUUUGUAGGGUUUGUCUUGCAGUCGCCUUUUAUUCUUUGGUUGCAUCAUUGCAUUGCCGUGUGUCUUCGGCGAGCUUGACGAAGAGGUGAUGUCCGACGAUGAAGAUGUCGCAUAUGUCAAGCGACAGAAAGUUGUUCACUAUGGAAGCCUUGAAGAAAAAGAGCGUCAGAGACUGGCAGAUAGAGAAGCUGAAGAUGGUAGUGAUGAUGAUUCACAAAGCACGGACGUCAAAGCAGCCAUGGCCUCCGGAAACAUUCACAUAUCUGAGGAAUACAUGGAGAUUGAGGAUGAAAGUGGCCGAGACAAACAGCAGCUGCUUGAGGAGUUCGAGAGAAGAAAAAAGGCUCGUCAGAUCAACGUAUCAACUGAUGACACUGAGGUCAAGUCAACUUUGCGCGAUAUGGGAGAACCUAUUUGCCUGUUUGGGGAGGGCCCUGCAGACCGGCGGGAACGCUUGCGUCACCUUCUGGCACUGGUUGGACAAGAUGCAAUACGGCGCAAGAAGGAAGAAGAACGUGAGAGAGAGCGAGAGCUGCGGAAGGACACAUACGAAACAACUUGGUAUCAUGAAAGUAAUGAGAAGCUGCGCGAGUGCCGUCUUUGGAUAGCACGUUUCUCCUUACCUCGUGCUCGGCACCGUAUCGCCACAGCCAAAGAGAAACUGAAAGCCCAAGGUCCUGCUGCAUCAGAUUCACAGCUGCACGCCAAGCGGCAGGAACUGUACAAGACUCUCAGAUCUUUGAAUAUCAACUGCAGCCAAAUUGGGGAUACACGCCCAAUCUCCUUUUGCGAGUUUAGUCCCAACUCGCAAAUGCUAGCAACGUCUUCCUGGAGUGGGCUGUGCAAGCUGUGGUCGAUCCCAGAGUGCAACCCCAUCAGGACCUUAAGAGGACACAAUUGUAAUGUGGGUGCCAUCACAUUCCACCCACGGUCAACUUACCUGCAGUCUGAGAAUGCACUCAACAUGGCCUCUUGCUCUGCUGAUGGCGUCGUCAACUUGUGGAACUUGAAGAGUGAAGAACCAAUCAGCUCAUUGAGAGGGUUGUGCCCACACAGGGUCUCCAGAGUGGCAUUCCACCCUUCCGGACGCUUCUUAGCAUGCUGUGUAUUUGAUCAUUCUUGGCGCCUAAUAGACUUGGAAACUGAAACAGAAGUGCUACACCAAGAAGGGCACAGCAAAGCUGUUUAUGACAUUAGCUUCCAAUGUGAUGGUUCAUUGGCUGCUACUGGUGGCAUGGAUGCAUUUGGGCGUGUCUGGGACCUCCGUACUGGGCGUUGCAUCAUGUUUCUAGAUGGUCAUCUGAAAUCUGUGCUAAGCCUCUGCUUCUCGCCAAAUGGCUAUGUCCUGGCCACUGGCAGUGAAGACAACACUAUCAAGCUGUGGGACUUAAGGCAAAGAAAGUGUGAAUACACCAUUCCUGCUCAUCACAACCUUGUGUCAAGGGUAAUUUUUGAAAAAUUGUCUGGGGAAUACCUUGUCACAACAUCGUACGACAACACUGUUAAGAUCUGGUCCAAUCCUGAAUGGACUCCAAUACAUAGCCUCAGUGGUCACGAUGGCAAAAUUAUGGGUGCUGACAUUUCACCUAAUGGGAAAUACUUGGCGACAUCAUCCUUUGACCGCACAUUUAAGCUCUGGACUCCAGAAUAAAAAUCGAGUGACUUCACCUCAAGAAGUUCUAUUGAACUGGGAGAGCUUUCAAAAGGUAAUUUGCUGUGGAGGAAACUUUGGUACAUUGAAGUCUAUAGGAGCCUGAUAGGGAAUUUAAAAGACUUCAUUUAGCCGAGUUUGAUUGUAUGCCUUGAAUAUGAUGGUUGUCUAGUCUCCCUAGUGGAUGAGAUCUGUCACCUCCUGGAACUCUAGCUCUUGAGUACUUAAUUUUCAUUCAGAGUUGAAUACUAUGGCCAGAUAAAAGAACAUUUGCAAAGGCCUCGAUUUUGGUCACCAUGGCUUUGAGGAAAUGCUCAAUACUGCAUACAUUUAAUUCCAUAUUUUUUCUCAGUGCAUAGAUGAGUGCUUCUCUAUCGUAAAAUCAUAAGCUGAAAACCUUCCCAACCACAUGAAUGCCAAUGAACUUUGCACAAAGUUCACAUUGAAAUGUAAAAAAGUUAGCUCCCUCCCAUUUCUUGACCCGAAAGGUAACCAAAGUGGCAACUUUCUAAAAAUUUUCCAUCUACCAUAAACCAACUCGUAUUGGCCCCUUGCUAUGCUGCAAAUUAAACCAUCCAGCAUGCAGCAAAGUGUCAGUUAUAAAUACGGGUGUGUAAAUUUCAAAAUUUAAGAUAUGAAUCGAACUGUUGCUAUCGAUUCAAGAAAUCAGUAUCCGAAAUUGUGGAAUAUUUGUUUCUGUUUGAAUAUAAGGGACACAAACACACUGGAGGGAGAAAACCAGUGCAAGUGAGAACAUUCCAAUUGUUUCUGCUGCAGGAGGGCUGCAGUUGCGCAAAGGCAUCAGUUUCUGUGUGAACACAUGGGGCAGAUAAGUUAGCUGAAUAAUUUUCAGUCACUCAGUAAGAAUUCACUUUUAAGCAGACUAUACAUCAAUUUGUUGUCUCCGAUUCUGUUCGGACAUUCUCAUUAUGUGUGCAUCCCUUUAAAUCAAUGUGGGGUGCUGUAUUAUCACACUUCUCCAAUGAAUACAGCACUGUACGUGCAUCUGUUGACAUGCUGUUCCCUAGUGUUAUUGAUAUUGUCGUGGUGCUUCAGAUAAUGAAAGUGACUUCUGCACAAGCUUCAUCUUUCACUUAGUUUAAAAAUUAAAGUAUUCCAUUCAUUAUUUGGAUGUAUCUUUUCUCAAAUAUUCCUAAUUGAUUCUAAAAUUUCAUUAUUCAAGUGUCCCUAGUUAUAGAUAGUUUAUUGAAAGGAGCAGAAACUUAUUAAACAUUGUAAUUGGGCACAAAUAAGAAAAAAAAAACGAUCCUCAUUGUGUUCAGACAAUGACUACCAGUACUUGAUUUGGAAAACUGUCUGAUGAUGCUACCACCUUUCACUUCACUGUUACCUCGGAAACGUAUUUCCUUACCAUAGUUCAAAAGCGUCAGCGAGGCCAUUGGUAAAAACACCAUGAAUAACCUCCUUUUGCUGUCGAAAGACCACCCCACAAGAGAAAAGCGUUGAAUCGUCAUUUUGUAGGAUCCAAUGGGCUGACUGUCCAGUGACAUAUAUUUGCGAAACGAAAAAUAUAAAUGAAAGAAUCGGGGCAACAUAACAAAGUAGUGUGGGCCCUUGCUUAAAAGCAUGGUGCCAUCGUUAAAGAUUCAUAGAUACCGACCACAAGAGUGCUCUAAAGCAAACAGAAAUUCUGCAAAUGGAAACUGCCAAAGAAUGCUGUUGUUAGUGUCGUGGUACAUUCAUGCCAUGCUGAGCGACAUUAGUUGUUCCAAGGAUAACCUCCCCCAUGUCCAUGUCCAAAACAAAGAGAGAUGGAGGCAACACACUACAGCAUCGUCACCAUCCCCUGAUCCAUGUAUUCCUUCCCUGUCUAUCAAUCAUAUGCUAGGAUACAAGCAUACUAGUGUACAUGAAACACCUCUUUUUAUCAUUGUGAUCUUUAAAUCUGUACUGUUUGCCAUCUGUGAUUUACACCCCAAGGGAGAAGCCGAGUUGGUCCUGAAAAAACAGGCUGUAUAAAUCCCAGUUUUUGGUUGGGCACUGUUCACUUUGUGAUGUGAAAGUGCGGUCGCACUAUGCCAGCAGGGCACUGAUGAUCUGUAUAGAAUUUGUUGGUGAGAAACCGGCCACCCACGUUGAGCUCGGGUGACAAAAAGUUCUUGUAGUAUGACAGGCGAUGCUGGCGAUGCCAGCAAACUCAGUCUGCCGACCAUGAGCGUGCGCAGCAAUUAACGCCACAUUUUUUGUUUGUAUACUUCCUUUUUGCUGUGCACCUCCAGGCACAUUCUAUGAAGCAAUGCUAAGCCUCUUUGUAUUUUAUAUAUUCACUUCACUGUCCAUGUCAGAACCCGUGGUGCAUUGCUGCACUACCAUUUUGUUUCUGGGUCACUCCAUGCCAUCUCUCCUAACUGAGACACUUGAUCAUCUUUUCCAUUUCUUUUGGAAAAGUAUCUUUGAGUACAAAAUUUUUUAGCCAUGUGAGCACUGGUGGAAUUUUGUCGAACAGCAAACCAUGUUGUGAGCUUGUCAAAAUUGAGUGUAUUUGUGAAACAUAAAGCCGGCAGUUAUGUAAUAGUCAUUCUUAUUUCAUUAAAAACAAUGUUUUCACCAC